CUGACCAGUCGAAGCAAGUGUUUAGCUGCCUCAUUAAGCUAUCAGUGCACGCGCGCAACAGCAAAUCGUUGGCCAACCAGUUGAAGUUGAAGAUGCUGCUGCUCCACUUACAUCACUGGCCAUUAGCAUUGGCCAUCACUUCCUGCAUUGUCGCCGCCUCAACCACAACAACCACAGCCACAACCACAACCACAACAACAGCAACGCCAACUCAGGCAAGAUCAACAACGACAACAGCAACAUCAGCAUCCAUACCAGGCAAAUAUCAGGCAUAUGGCAGCCAGCACCAGCCAAAGAAGCUGCGAGCUGGAAUUGGAGCUGCUGGCAACUCCAGUGGCAGUGAACCAGUAAACCAGUUCCGGCAAAAUCCGAUCAAGAAUUGGUUUGGCGUCUUCAAUCGUAAUAAUUCGCCACCGGCUCAAGACCAAACAGCGACAUGUUCCUGCAGGUGCGGGGAGCGCAACGAUGAGUCGAGAAUCGUUGGGGGCACUACAACUGGCGUCAGCGAGUAUCCCUGGAUGGCCAGACUGAGCUACUUCAAUCGAUUCUACUGCGGUGGCACGCUGAUCAACGAUCGCUACGUGCUGACGGCGGCGCAUUGCGUGAAGGGCUUCAUGUGGUUCAUGAUCAAGGUGACUUUCGGGGAGCACGAUCGUUGCAACGACAAGGAGCGUCCGGAGACGCGCUUUGUGCUGCGCGCCUUUAGCCAGAAGUUCAGUUUCUCCAACUUCGACAACGACAUUGCCCUGCUGCGUCUUAACGAUCGCGUGCCGAUCACCAGCUUCAUCAGACCCAUCUGCCUGCCCCGCGUGGAGCAGCGCAAUGAUUUGUUCGUGGGCACGCGUGCCAUUGCCACCGGUUGGGGCACACUCAAGGAGGACGGCAAGCCCUCGUGCCUGCUGCAGGAGGUGGAGGUGCCAGUGUUGGAUAACGACGAGUGUGUGGCCCAAACCAACUACACACAAAAGAUGAUCACGAAGAACAUGAUGUGCUCUGGGUAUCCGGGAGUGGGCGGCCGUGACAGCUGCCAGGGCGACUCGGGAGGUCCUCUGGUCCGCUUGCGGCCCGACGACAAACGCUUCGAACAGAUCGGCAUCGUUUCUUGGGGCAAUGGAUGUGCGCGACCCAAUUAUCCAGGUGUCUACACCAGAAUUACUAAAUAUCUCGACUGGAUUGUGGAGAACUCAAAAGAUGGCUGUUUCUGCGACGAGGAUUACUAAGAGUGAGAAUUCUAUCUCAAUUUAGUUCUAGUUCUACGAUUAGUCUUAAUGCUAUACAUAUUUUGUACUUUUAUACGGAAAU